GUUCACUCUGAUGGGAGGUAAAAACAAAUCUAUUAUUAAUACUCACUGUGCUGAAUCGAAGGGAAGAAGACAGCUUGUCAUUUUUUGCAAUACAUUUUUGAUGUUUUUUUUUUUUUGCGAUAUGAGGUCAGUUACUUUGGCUUUUUCUUUGCUUUUUGAAAGUAGGAGGAAGGGAAUCGCAUACGAUUUUACUCAUCGUUGGUGAAUCACUUCCCAAUGUUUAAUUAAUUAUCUCAUUUAAUCAUUUUGGUAGUGAAAACCCGCACGAAAAGGUGGAAUCGUGGCGUAUUCAUUGGCUCUGAAUAUUAAGAUGCCACUCUGCCGACCUUCAUAUUAUUAUUAAAAGCAUUUUUUAUUACCUUUAAAAAAUAAAAAUAAAACCCCACCUCUCACAACAGGAACAUUUUGGCGAACUGACGGAGGAAGCUAGGGGGAGAUAGAGACGAGGACAGUGCAAAAAAAAAAAAAAAAAAAUACCAGAAUAAUAUUGAAGAAAAUGCUGCCAUCGCAAGAAGCCUCCAAGAUUUACCAUGACAACUACAUGCGAAACUCCCGGGCCAUUGGGGUGCUGUGGGCGAUAUUCACCAUAUGUUUCGCGAUCAUUAACGUUGUGGUGUUCAUUCAGCCCUACUGGAUCGGGGACAGUAUGAAUACCCCGCAUGCCGGGUACUUCGGCUUGUUCCAUUAUUGCGUGGGGAACGGCAUCUCCAACCGAGAGCUCACUUGCCAGGGCACCUUCGCCGACUUCAGUUCCAUCCCUUCCAGCGCCUUCAAAGCGGCCUCCUUCUUCGUACUGCUGUCCAUGGUCCUCAUCUUGGGCUGCAUCGCGUGCUUCGCUCUGUUCUUCUUCUGCAACACCGCCACCGUCUACAAGACAUGCGCUUGGAUGCAGCUACUCUGUGCCGUGUGCCUGGUCCUGGGGUGCAUGAUCUUCCCGGACGGCUGGGACGCGGAGGUGGUGCGGGACAUGUGCGGGGAGGAGACGGGGAAGUACACCCUGGGGAACUGCUCGGUGCGCUGGGCCUACAUCCUGGCCAUCAUCGGCAUCCUGGACGCCCUCAUCCUCUCCUUCCUGGCCUUCGUGCUGGGCAACCGGCAGAACGACCUUCUCCAGGAGGAGGUCAAGGCCGAAAACAAAGAUUUUGCCGUAUCCAGGAUUGAGAUCCGGGACAGCAAGGACCCGAGAUUCGGAGUCCAGCGUUUCCACUAGGCUGACCUCCCCCACCUCCGCCACCUUCUGCUCCUCCUUCUGCUCCUACUCCUGCUCCUACUCCUACUCCACCUACUUUCCCUCUGUUCUUCAGGUCAAAUACCCCACCUCAACCUGGAGGCUGUUCAUACAGCCGUUUGUAAUAUAGAACUGGAAUGGAAUCAAAUUCACAAAAGAGAAAAUAAUAUACAAAAACACAUCUGUUUGAAGAAAAAAAAAAAACAUUUUAAAAAAGUAAAAAAUAAUCCACUGCAGCUUUACAAAAAUCAACACCUCUGGGAAAAAUAAGAAAUUACAAUAUAUUAUUAAUAUUACUUUUCAUUAUGAUACUGAAGAUGUUUAUGCUUGCAACAGCAGUAUUUAAUUAUUAAUUUAAAUAUUCUGUUAUUUUAAUUUAUUUAUUCAUUUAUUUUAUGGUGGAAAUUAAAUCAUUUCAGCUUUCCAAAAAAAGAAAAGGAAGAAUCCAAUUAUGUGCAUACGUAUCAUGGUAAACUUUAAAUAGCACUUUGGUGCUACUCCAGAGACUUAAGAAGAUGACAACAAAGAAGAAUUUUGUACAGCACACAGUGUAGUUUGGAAAGCAUUCUUUUCAGACGAACGACUGAACACUUCCCCAUUUGUACAUGUGGUUUACUUAUGCGGGCUUCGAGGAGAGAACAGCAAGGUUGUAAAUAACACGUUUUUGAGGAAACAGGGUAAUGACUGCACAGGUUUACUGGUCCACCCGUUGUCCAUCAACCUUUGGCCAUGGGCCUCCCCAUAGGUCACGUGAUCAAGACCUCGUUCAUUCAAGUGCAGAAUUUCAACUCAAGAGAUUUAAUUUUGCCACAUAACCACCUGAUCCAAAAGGUAAGGACCUUGUGACCCCAGAAAAAAGCUAGCAUUUCAAAGGACGACGCUUGAGCGUGUGGAGAGGCGCGAAAGAGACUCGACCUCGCCGCUCGAGAUCGACAGACGCGACAUCGUCCACUGGGCGCAAUCCCAGAAUCCCCUCUGACUGCUUUGACUCAUUCCUUAGACUUUUGUUUCAACUGCGUUUCAUUUGAUUAAUUUCCUAUGCUUUAAAUGGGGUGCAAACACUGAGGGAAAAAAAAAAUGCCUUCUCCCCCACAAACUAUGAUCUUGUGUUUUUCUAAUUCCUAAUUUGAUUUUUUAUUUAUUUAUUUUUUUGCCCUGCAUGCUGCAUUAUACUCAGGCUGUGAAGAUAAGGUGGUUCUGCUCUGCAGUUGAAGCAAUGUGCAUGGGAGUAUGUUACAGUAAUGGCCCGACUGGCUGUCUCACACCGUUACACACUGUGCUGUCCAGAUCUGUAGUAUGGCGUGGCAUUUCCAUAGCAGUUUUGCCCUUAGGGGUCCUUAAGUAACAUCAUCUUUUAGAUGUUUGUGAUUUUAGAAUUACUCUCUUAAUUGUUUCAGUGUAGACAGUGGUGUUAUUGCUUAGUUUCCUGUUCUUUGUGGUUCAGCGGAGUGUGCCACAGAGAGCAAGCCAUCCACGUGAUGCGUCUUACUGUCAUUUCUAUUCAAAAAGCCCAUUACAAUAUGUCCACAACCAAAAAAAAAAAAGAAAAAGAAAAAGAAAAAACAACUGGGGAAUGAAAGCCAGUGAGUAAAUAAACCUUUGAUAACUUUUGACAAUUUUGUAUUAGUCUAAAAGUUUGUCGUGUUGUUGUAACAAGGUUAACUGUUGCAUCGAACACACAACGAAAGAAAUUCUAGCUUUUUAUAAACAGGGAUGCAAUUUAACAUUUCUCAAAGACAAAAUCACUUCUAUUGCCAGUAUCAAAAAGGCCUCUAGUUAUAUAAAUUAUAUAUUCAUGAACAAUUUAGAAAAUUUAGGCAAACCAUCUGCAAAAAGAGGAAUAAUAUUGUCCUAUUUCUGAGUUACCAAACCUCGCCAUUUAAUGGAUCACUGAAUUAGCCCUUAGUGUAGAUCACAAAUACUCAGAUCUGGCCCUCAAGGUCAGUUGUACUGCUGGUUGUCUCUUCUGCCUGAUAGUCCAGUAAAGUCAGUGAUUGGCCGGAGAUUACACUCACCAAGUGCAUCAUGUUUAAAUCAGUGAUUAGAGGGGAGGACCGUAAGCACUACUGACAACGAGGGCCAGAUCUGAGUAUCUCUGGUGUAGACCAUGUCUCCCAACUCAACAAACAGCUUCAGUAUAAGCUGGUAUGAAUACAUAUUCAUAUAUAUUUGUAGAUCAUAGCAAUCUCUCAGGAAACUGCAGUGUAUACAAAUAUUUUUAAAAAGUAAAUGCAGGAUAAAAAAUAAUGUGAUCUCCACAUUGCAGCAUAACACCUAAAGAGUACAUAAAGCCUGCUACGGCUAAAGGGGAAGAUUAUUAGCAACAGGUGUAAGUGUUAAUGCCCAGAGGCUGUUUUUUCUCUUAUGAUUAGUGGAGCGAGUUCUGGGUCACCUGCGAGUCCCUGUGAUCUGUUAAUAGCACAGGCCCUUGUGUUAAAAAAAAAGUGUGCAACAACUUGAAGUGAGAUUUAAACAACUGUCUUUCAUUAAAUCUGACUGGCUAUCGCAGUAGUACAGAAAAUAAAAGAGAUGGCUGAGAAAAUAAAUAAUAGACGCUUCAAAGGGUAAAGAGCAAACUCCAAGUACUGUAAUUCACAAGUAGAUACACUGUUUAAUCAAGCUACUGUCAAAUAGAGAAUGAGACAGAAAAUAGUAUUUAUUCGUUGUAAAUUCUCAAACUCACGGUGACGCGUAUGCAGUGUCACAGAGUUGUGAGCAGGUUAUAUAGUGUUUCAGUAUGAACCAUGCAGCUGUGCAAAAGGUGCAACAUCUGGGCUUAUCCCCAGGCUGAAAAUGUUUACAAAAAAAUAUAAAAGAAAUAAGAGAUUAUCGAUAUGUUUUAUAAUGCAAAACAGCUCAAACAUAUCCCUCAAAUCCUGUUACUGGCUUGAUAGCAAUGUAAUGUUCAUAACCUUUAAGAAAAUAUUCUUAUUCAGAGGAGUUAUCUGAUAUGGCUGGUAACUUUACUUUGAAACUGAGUGGAAAAAAAACAAAUAAAUAAUUUUCCCGUUUUACUCUCAAUAACACCUUCAGUCUCCGCUCAUAUUGUAUGAUGUAAAUGUCAGUGACAUGAGAUGGCAUUCUGAUGAAUUAUUUUGAUUUCUUUAGUUGAAGAAAAAGUGUUACCUGUUGAAGUGUUACUCGAGAUAACUCGAAAGCCUGCCCCGGGUUUUUGAUCCACUUCAAACGGCCAGGAAACCUCACCACCUUUUCAGAAACACCAGGGGAGGCCAAAUUAGCGUCUUCAUGCAGGCCGACAUGAGACCUGCUUUCUUCUAAUCUAUAGUGCAAGGUUCUGUGAUAUUGUCUGUUGGAACAGGAUUACCUCUUAAGAUGGUAAACUCCUCUGUACGGUGCUCGUAUUCCUCCUCCUGAAAGCCCCCCGUGUGUGUAGCCUCUACACACAGCCCAGGCACUGGAGAUGACUCUUCACAGGAGCUGUAGCAAACAACAAAGGAAGAGGAGUUGAUGGAGAGACACAGGGGAAAACAAAAAGCUGAAAUUCGAAUCAACUGGCAACCCCCGCCAUGCCUCCCCAACCCAACCAAAUCAAAGAAAUGGCUCCCAAGGGAAAUACAGUCACAGAACUGUCCAGACCCCCAAAGCCCAUGUUAAGGAUCACUGUCAAUGACAAUUUGUAAAUGCAUAAGUUUGAUAGUUUUCAUAUUAGUAUUAAUAGUGUUUGGAAUAACUGCUUUCAUCUUCAGCCACUGUCUUCUAAAAGUGGACGCCAUGCCAUGGGGAACAUUUUCGUUCAUCUGAAUGACCCAUCCAAAUUGAGUGCUAGAUAAUCUGGCCAAAUUCUUGGAGAAGGUUGAUGAAAAAGAGUAGACGCAAGUUAGUGUGCUUUCCCCCCACUUCUUCCUGUCUUGUUCUUUUUCACACAUUUUGUUUUUAUCAAGUAAUUCUGACUGUAGCAUCCAUUUAUGACAACGCUGCCCUGACGAUCCUGUAUGCCUGGAGCCAUUUUAUUGCGGAAGUCUUAUUUUGCUGCUUUGCACAGUAGUUACAGAAGGUCAAGAGAUUGUAUGGGAGGAGAGACAUUGUGAAACUUUUAAUUGAGCCACAUUUCUCUGAGAUUUUCACAGAAUGUUUAGCAUGCCCCGCGCGUGAGCCGAGCUCACAGAUUCCUCAGAGGAGGCACCUGUCACGUUACAGAUCUGAUUAUUCACGCAUUCUCCUUAAGCUCAGAAGAUUCACAUGCAAACAGACACAACAGGAAGGAAUCAUUGCGUACCAGCUGGGAGCACUGAUAGGAGUCAUUCCCACUUUAAUGACUCCUCACUGUGGUAGAUUAUCCAAAUUUGUUUGACUACACCAUGCAUUCUUAUAAUACAGGCAAACCAUGAUAUUACAUGAUAUUUUAGCAUUGUUGCUGGGAAUUAAGUUGAAAAAAGUUUUCUGAAAAUUACCCCCCCCC